AUGUCACUUACGGCAUCGGCGGCAACCGCCUUGUUUACCGUCCUUGCCAGCGACCCCGAGGAUGAUGACCCGGGACGCCGUUGGGGAGACCAGACAAAGGAGUCUCGGGACUUGUACACCCAAUUCGUGAUUAGUUUCGUGCUAGGACUGGGCGCAUUUGUGUCGUUCUGUGUGCUGCGACCGAAAUGGGCAGAUCUAUAUGCUGCUAGGAGGCGACAACGUUGCGCCGCUUCGGCGCUGCCAGAGCUUCCCGACAGCUUCUUUGGAUGGAUACCGGUGCUCUAUCGGAUCACGGAAGAGGAAGUCUUGCACUCCGCGGGCCUAGACGCAUACGUGUUUCUCUCGUUCUUCAAAUUUGCGAUCCGGCUACUGCUAGCCAUAUUCGCCUUCGCUGUCACCAUAAUCCUCCCGCUCCAUUACAAGUACACCGGCAAGUCCGGGGUUCCAGACUGGGACGAUAUCGAACCACCAAGCAAUAAGUCCAUGAACGCGAUCGGCAUACUAGGCAAAGCCAAGGACAAGGACAAGCUUGUGACCGACCCUGGAUACAUCUGGAUCUAUGUCCUGUUCCCCUAUCUCUUCAGCGGCUUGGCCAUCUACCUGCUCCUCCAGGAAACGAAUAAGAUCAUCCGCACCCGGCAAACCUAUCUUGGAAACCAAACCACUACCACCGACCGCACAGUUCGCCUGUCAGGUAUCCCCCAGGAUUUGACCAGUGAGGACAUGAUCAAGGACUUUGUGGAGGGACUGCGCGUGGGCAAGGUGGAGUCUGUCACCUUGUGCCGAAAAUGGGGCGAGCUAGACCGUCUGAUUGAUGAACGCAUGGAAAUUCUUCGGGCCUUGGAACGCGCGUGGACUAAACACCUUGGAUACAAACGGCCACGAAAAGAUGGAAAUACCUUACCCCUGACCCAUCAACCUCAAUAUACCCGGGCCCGGUUACACCUGGAGGAGGAUGACGAAACAUCUCAGUUGCUAGACGGAGUUGACCAGGACCAUGUUUCUGGGUAUCUGCACGAGCGACCAAAGGUCCGUAUAUGGUACGGUCCAUUUAAACUGCGUUUCCGCAUGAUUGAUGCAAUCGACUACUUUGAGGAGAAGUUGCGGAAGAUCGACGAGCAAAUCACAUCUGCCCGCGAGAAGGAGUAUCCCCCAACGGAGAUUGCUUUUGUGACCAUGGAGUCAAUUGCGGCCUCUCAAAUGCUUGUUCAGGCCACUCUUGACCCGCAUCCUAUGCAGAUGUUCGCUCGGCUUGCUCCGGCGCCAGCAGACGUUGUUUGGAAAAAUACCUACCUCUCUCGUAGUCGGCGGAUGACCCAGUCUUGGCUUAUCACGCUCGCCAUCGGGUUUCUCACUAUCUUUUGGUCGGUUCUUCUGCUUCCAAUCGCGACUCUGCUGGAACUGGAUACACUGCACAAGAUUAUACCGUCUCUAGCGGAGACAUUGGCCAUGCACCCCAUCUUGAAAUCCUUGGUUUCGACUGGUCUACCGACUUUGGCCUUCUCCCUCCUGACGGUCGCAGUCCCAUAUCUCUAUGAGUGGCUCUCAAAGAAUCAAGGCAUGAUGUCUCGUGGUGAUAUUGAGCUUUCUGUCAUCUCGAAGAACUUUUUCUUCUCUUUCUUUAACCUGUUCCUCCUUUUCACCGUCUUCGGUACUGCGACUGGAUUCUACAGUUUCUGGGAGCGCCUGCGUGAUGCUUUCAAAGAUGCCACCACUAUUGCCUUCGCCCUUGCCACCUCCCUGGAGGGCUUCACAAAAUUCUAUAUCAACCUCCUGGUUCUUCAAGGAUUGGGUCUGUUCCCCUUCCGACUGUUGGAAUUUGGCAGCGUUGCAUUAUACCCCUUGCAGUUCUUCAGAGCCCAGACCCCCCGCGAAUAUGCCGAGCUUUCUACUCCACCAAAGUUCAGCUAUGGCUUCUCGAUUCCACAGACCAUCUUGGCAUUGAUCAUUUGUAUCGUCUACAGCGUCUUCCCCAGUUCGUGGCUGAUCUGCUUAUUCGGCUUGGUCUACUUCUCGAUUGGCCAGUUCAUCUACAAGUAUCAGCUAUUGUAUGCACUGGACCACCAGCAACACUCAACCGGCCGGGCGUGGCCAAUGAUCUGUAACCGGCUGUUCGUCGGACUGGUUGUGUAUCACCUGGCCAUGAUCGGAGUCCUCGCCUUGCGUGGUGCCAUUACUCGCUCGUUACUUCUCGUCCCUCUCCUGGGCUUCACUGUGUGGUUCUCCUACUGGUUCGCACGAACCUACGAACCACUAAUGAAGUUCAUCGCUCUCAAGAGCAUCAAUCGUGACCAGCCCGGGGGUGGCGAUGUCUCCCCGUCCCCUUCUUCCAGUUUCUCGCCAUCAUCAGGCAUGGAUCGGGACGCGCUUCCCAUCCGGAUUGGCGGCCAAGAGCUUGGCCUGCGGCUGAAGAAGUAUGUCAACCCGAGCCUGAUUCUGCCUUUGCAUGAUGCCUGGCUUCCUGGUCGCAGUCCUGAUCAUAUCAAUGGUGCGUCUCCACCUGGACACCCAGACCUUGCGGAUAUUGUCUCUGCUUGA